CUUCCGCUUUAACACUCUUCUUCUGUGAGCUAAGAGCUGCUGGUUAAUAAACACGUUCUGCGCUCUCUGUUUACAAGGAGAAAGCGGGCUGAAGGUCCGAGUUCAUUCACGUGAGGGUUUAAUAAUACGGAUUGGAAUCCGCUUCUGUGCUUUCUACGAGAGGAGAAGAUGCAGAGUUUCUCGGUCCAGGCUCUGACCCUGCGUCAGCUCGGGAAACUCUCGUCUCUGCAGGCUGUGUGUUCGUGGCCCGGCCUGAGUUUUUCCCUGCGUUGUCCCCGAGCGCUGCAUGCGCGUCAGCUGUGGGGCUCCGGAGCUCCUUUCGCUCAGCGCUCAGCGGCGCUCCUGAAGUCCCGAGACGCCACACAUGGCCUCACCUAUCAGCAGACACGCUUUAAAGGCUAUAAGAGGAAAAAGGGGCAAGCAGGAAGUGCAGAGGAGGAAGAAGAGGAAGAUCCAGAGGCCAGCGAUUACGAGGACGAACUGCAAGAAGAUCCCAGUUUACCCAAGGACUAUAAAGAUCAGGAGAAAACUGUUCACUCGCUACGCUUCGAUCUCGUCAUGAAGACGGGACUCGACGUCGCCAGGCAUAAAAUCGAGGACGCUUUCUACGACCACAAGCUGAGACUGAACGGACAGAAGCUCGUCAAGAAAAGCAAAACGGUGAAAGUGGGAGACACGUUAGACCUAAUCAUUGAAGAGGACAAAGAGAAGGACGCAGUGACACUGAAGAGAGUCGUCCUGAAGAAGAUCGUCGGUGAAACAAAGGAUGGAGAGAAACAGAAAGUCCUGCUGAGAACCUGGAAACAUCUUCAGCUUCCUAAACAAGACACCUUUAGAGAAUAAUGUUACUUUGCCAUUUUUUUUAAAGAGCAUCAAAAUGUACUCUAAAAAAAACAAAAACACAACAGUGGACAGAAUUGAAAGCAGGUUUUCACAGCUGUGUAAGGAUUUCACUUUAACCGAUGAAAUGUACAGGAUUUUUUCAUCUCACAUGGUGAAAGAUGUCUGGUUUAAAGUAUUAUUUGCGUAUAUAAUAUAUAACUUUCACUUUA